AUCUGAAUUAAAAACUGAACUCCAGUCCAAUCUUGACUCUGAAGAUUUUCUUAGAUUUAUUUACUCAGCUGUGGGAAAACCUGUUCCUCAAAUAUCCCUUUUCCCAUCACGAGUCUUGAUUAAUCCACCAGAGGAAUACUUUGCUCAGAACCCAAAUGGCACGGUGACUAUCACUAAAAUGUACAACAUCUCCUUGGAGACUGUGAAGUCCCUAGGUCUCCAGUAUCUGACUGUGCGUAUGGAUCAUCCUCUAAGGAAUGAAGAAAAGAUUGUUCCGUUGUCAGUCAAGCAAGAAUGUACUUCUGUUUCUUCUUAUAUUUGGUUGCGCACAGUUGGUCCACUCAUAAUUUUGUUAUGUAUUUCAUUGAUCAUUGUCCAUCUUGUCCGGAGAAAGAAAAAGUGUUCAGGAGGCUCUUCUGUCAUCUGUCUACCUACAGACUGAUUUGGUUCUUGGCAGCAGUGAUGCUAUGCAGGGCGCAAGUCGUGACCCAAAAUGAAAAAGAACUGCUGAACACACCUGCUUCCUUAAGAUGCUCUCUGCAAAAUUCCGAGGAAGUCUUGAUUGUGACAUGGCAGAAAAUCAAGGCUGUUAGCCCAGAAAACAUGGUCACCUUCAGCAAGAACCAUGGGGUUGUGGUCCAGCCUGCUUAUAAAGGCAAGAUAAACAUCACCCAGCUGGAACUCAAGAACUCAACCAUUACCUUCUGGAACACCACCCUGGAGGAUGAAGGGUGUUACAAGUGCCUCUUCAAUACUUUUGGUUCUGGGAAGAUCUCAGGAACAGCCUGCCUCAGCCUCUCUGUACAGCCCACAGUGUUCCUUCAGUAUAAAUUCUUCGAAGACCGCCUAAAUAUCACUUGCUCUGCCAAUGCCCGCCCAGCCCCUGUGAUCUCCUGGAAAGUGUCUGGAUCAGGGAUUGAAAACAGUACUGAGGUUCUCUUCCACCCCAAUGGGACCACGUCUGUCACGAGCGUUCUCCAGGUCAAAGACCCCAAGCGUCAGGUGGGGAAGGAAGUGGUCUGCCAGGUGCUGCACCUAGGGAAUGUGACCAGUGUCACGCAAACUGUGGAUAAAGGGUUUUGGUUUUCCGUUCCGCUCUUGUUAAGCAUUGUUUCCUUGGUAAUUCUUCUGGUCUUAAUCUCAAUCUUAUUAUACUGGAAACGUCGUCGGAACCAAGACAGAGAACCCUAGAGGAAUCACACAGAACCCAGAAAAGUUACUCCCUGGUCUACUUGAAUCUGACUCAGGAGGAAGGCAGGAGGAAAAAGGUCAUUCUCUAAGGGACAUAAAGAGCAGAAGAGGUAGGGGUAAAAGACCUAAGAAUUUCAAGAUUUUCUACUGCCAUCUAAGCUACCCAGUGCUUGUGGGAGUUCCAAAAGGAAGUCGUUUUACCUCUCAAGUCUGUUGUAGGACUUGAUUUUGUGAAGCAAUGCAGUGAUGUGCUAUUGAAAGGAGACUGGACUUUGAAUCAGUAGCCACAACUCACAGGCUGACUCUGGCUCCAACCGAGGGCAACCCUCUGUCCAUCACUUUAUCUCAAUAAGCAUCCACACCUGCAUCCAGAAAAUUAGGAAGUUGGACCAGAUAGUUUGCCAUUCUGCUCCAAAAACUGAUGAAAUUCCAGGAAAAAAAGGAAUCAAGAAAGGAAAAAGAGAAAGGAGAACACGGGAAGGUGUUAAGGACCAAAGAACUUUUCUGAGACUACCUUUUACCUUUCAGUUGCUGUUUUGUCUCUUCUUGCAUAUUGUUCUUAGGUCCACGAGUCAGUUUCCUCCUCACGUGGUGGUGGUAGUCCACUACCUGCUGACUGGUUUGUUAGUAACUGGUCUUUCUAGAACCCUUGGUUUCACUGCAGUUCUUCAUGUCCUCCCGUGACUGACGUUUACCACAAUGAAUAUGGGACUGAAUUCAUUGCAAAAUAACAUUGACAACCUUAACUUUACUUACCUACUCGUAUAGAAGAAGUAUUGUUAACCCAGCAGCUCACUUUUUUAAAAAAAGCAUUUCCUGUCGCAUUUGACUUAUAAUAGGAUCUGGUUCUAUACCAGUCAUUGUGAAAUCAAAAGAAAAUAUAUGAUAAAAUAAAAACAGGCAUUUAGGAAGUUUAGAAUUCAAUUCAAAGUCAAUUCAAAUGCUUCUCCCUCCUGGCUUCUUUUCCCAUGAGUUAACUUCUCGUAAUAGCAGAGAAAGUAUGUUUGGGUUUAGAAAUCCCUUUGUUCUAAAUUAUAUUGUUCUAACUAGUGGAACAUUUUUGAACUCUUAAAAAUCACAAGACCAAAUUAUUGACUUUUUCAGUAUCUUUUGCUUUCUUGUCUCUACUCAGUGACCUAAGAACUAAAGCUUAAGUUGUUUUCACUGUUGAAUUGGAUAUUUGUAUAUUUAGUAAGCUUUUCAUAUGUUAUUUAAAUCUGUAUUAUUUCUUAUAUUUGUAUUAAGAUACUGAAUGAUUAAAAGUGUCAAAUCUAAA